AUGAAAAAGUUUGCUUUUAAAAUUGCCAUUUUGCCACUUGGAUCUUAGAUCAAUUUUUUAGAUUAGUUAGUUCAAUUAUAGGCUGGCUACUUUCGGUAGAUCAGUCAUCUCGUCAACAAUAAUAAAAAUAUGAGAUACAAACUUUUUCAAUAACUCUUCAACUUUGAGAUAAAUUAACAAUUAGAAGAAAAAUAAAAGAAACUUCAAGGUCAAAAAGGAAUAAAUUAUAGGAGAGGACACUAACUUAAUUUAUAUUUUCAUGCUUCAUUACAUUUUUAUUACUUAAUAAAAACAAGAAAUACUAAAGAUAUAAAAGAAAUAAUUAAAGGUAAAAUAUUAACAAGAUACAGAAUAAAUCCUAUCUUAUUUCAUAUCUUUUCAGAUUAAGUUAAAUUUAAGAAAGACAAGCAAUUUUUUAAAUAUAGAAAACCAUUUAUUUAAAUCUCAGAGAUUUAAAUUCGUUAGGAAAAAGUAUAAAAAUCAAUAUGA